AGCCAUGAAAGCACAGCCACUGAAACGCCAACGACUUCUCGCACAAAUAGCAAUCGUAGGUCAAGUAGCGAGACAAAAACCCUCAUUCUUUCUUAUCAAGAUCACGCUGAUGCUUUGAGUAAAGCAAAGAACCCCCAAGCAAAGAAUAAAAUCUGGGAGGCGAUCUACGCUAAAUUUACAAAAGCAUGCGAAGAUUACAACAUUACAACCGGAAAGUCCUUGGGCCAGUUGAAAGAAAAAUGGAAGACUCUUUUCGACAAGUAUAAGAGCAUCAACGAUAACAACAAAGCAACUGGAAGAGGCCGAGAAAAAUUCGAAUUCUUCGAUGUCAUGGAUUCCUUUCUAGGAUUCAGCGACAAGGUGAAUCCCAGAUUUGUUUCUGAAACAGCUAUCCAGAGGGACAUUUCGAGCGGAACAGAGUCAAGUCCCUCACCUAGCGCUAGCACAUCAGCCAGUUGCAGCUCUUUUGAGACGGGCCCUGAUAGCGAUGCAGAGACAUCAGCUCCUGAUGCAGCGAAAGGAAAGCGGAAAGCAGCCGAAAAUAAACAGGGGGAGGACGCCGUUGCAAUUAGAAAAAAGCGGGGAGAGAAGCGCAGAAAAAGCGACGAACACGAGAGCCUUAUCACUCUGCUAAAAUCACAACAGGAAAUGAUGAUGAAAGCGGAGGAGCAGGAUAGGUUGGCUAUGCAGCAACUCAUGAAGUUUGAAGUAGAAGCUGAAAAACGGCAUCAAGAAUUUACCCUGGCAGCGUUGAAAGAACUGGGAAACAUUUUCAAAAAAGACUAG